AUGAGUUCAAAUUAUUCUAAUUUAAAUAUAUUAUCUAUUUAUAAAUUAUAUUUUGAUGAUAUUGAAGAAAUAUUUCUUAAUACAGUAUCAUUUAAAUAUCUAUUUAUUUCAUCAUUAAUAAUAUGUUUCUUUAUAUUAGCUAGUAUUAUUACAUUAAAUCAAAAACAAUAUUUCUUGCAUGUCUUAUAUCAUUUAUAUAUUGUUUAUUAUUUUAUUCAAUUAUUAUCAAUUAUUUUACUUAAAUAUAAUUUGAAAAAAAUUCAUUUAAUUACAUUAAAUGAAUCAAAUUAUGAAAUAAAUGUUGAACAAUAUUCAAUAACAUUUUAUGGACGAAAUCAUGUUAAAUUAAAUGAUUAUCAACAAUUUUAUUUAGAUCUUGAAAAAUAUGCACAAAAUUAUGAAAAAACUCAAAUAAAACAAAAUAAAAGCAAGAAAAAUUAUUUAUAA